AUGAGAACCGUAAAAUUCGUUAACGGCGUCCCGAUUGUUUGCAAAAAAGGGAACAAAAACUCGUCGAAUGUGUCCAAUUGCAAGUUAUCGACGAAAAUUCGUCACACGAAUAACCCGUCCCGCAAACGUCCCCAAAAGAGGAAAGAAAUUCCGCCUGUUGUGAACAAAUGCCCGAAUUCCUCCUGCAUUGAAGUGGAAACAAAACGUAAUGCAAUGGUAAAACGGACUUCCAUUAAACUUGAACCGAGCGCUAAAAAUAUUAAAGACGACAAAAAGCCGGUUAAAACCCCCAUAGUUCCAAAAAAUAAUCAAAAAAGACCCCUGAAAAAGCCGACAAAUCACAGGCACGGCAUAACUGUUAUAAAAAGCGAAAAUGUUCUACAAGAGGAUCCUGCACCCACAAUUACCGCAGAUAUAGAAAGAAAUUCUAAGGAUUCUAAGGAACCAAAGGAAUCUAAGGAAUGUUCAACAAAUAAUGAUGACAACAAAGAGGAGCAUGUUAAAGAACCUAUUGCAGAAUCAACGCAAGGCAUUAAAAUUAUAAUUAAAGACAAUACUGCAAACAACCCGACACCUCCUAGUGGAAACAAAAAAGACGGCGAAAAAGCGGUUAACAAAAAUAACAGCAAAAAUAAAAUGAAAACCGAAAAAUGCGAUAUUUCAAAAAAAGAAGGGCAUAAAUUUAUAAGUAAGCCCAUUGCCGCUGGUCCGCCUAAACAGAAACCCGCAGACGAGCCUUUAAACAUGGACUAUUACGAUCCGAACAAAUUCAGGGAGAAGAAAAUGGUGAUUUGCACGAAAGCAUCGUACCAGAAGCUCCAGAAGCAGAGGAAGAUCAACAAAAUCAAGAAGAAAAUUCGCAGGCUCAAUUUCCAAACGCUGUGCCUGAUGGACGCCCUUAAUCAAAGACUUGUCGUCGACAAGUCCAGGUCCCUUCGCAGUAAACUCAUCGGCUUCAACGAAAAGACCAAGCUGAUGAAUUCGAAAAAUUGCCCGAAGAAACCGCGACCGCCGAUGCAUUACAUCCUUCGAGAGAAAAUCGCGAAGAUCGACAAGGAGAUUAAAAACAUCAACAGUUAUACGCCUAUUUGGAAAUAUAAUUUGAUUCCUAAUUUAGAAAAAAAUAAAUUCUAA